AAAAGAAAAUUUCUGAUAUAUAAUAAUACAACAUUGAAUGAUGAUUUACGAUCGUAAUUGACGUAAAAAGAAGAAGAAGAAAUGACACUUGCUCAUCGUUGUUAUUAACACAAAAAAUCAAAGCAAUAAGCUUAGUUUUUCUUUUCUUUUUUUUAUGAAUUUAGUGCUCCGGUAAACGUUGUAGUACCGAGUAAAUAGACAAUCUCAAUGGAAUACACAUGAUGAAUAAUAUUAGACCGGAAGACUUCCUUUAUUUGUCCAAUAAUUUUUACACCCACCAUAGAUUAUAAAUUUCUGAAACGAACAACUUCCUGAAUAUGUGUUGUCUAAUACGGAAAUAACUUGUUCAAUCGAUUAAAAAGUGCUGUAAAGAAAAAAAAAGAAAUAUGAGUACGAAUAAAAUCGUUGUUUUUAUCAAUGCUUAUUUCGUUGAUGAAUAAUAUAAAUUAAAUGAAUGAUAUUGAAAAAAAUAGAUAUUAGUCAUUAGUAUGACGUAAUCAAAAUAUUAGAUGCACUUAAAUCGAUAUUUUAUACGUGAUGAAGAAACGUGCUUACAAAGAAAAACUGACUUUUCUCCUUAAAUAUUUGAAAUGAAUUUUUGAUGAAAUAAAUAAUUGCAUGUUAUUUAUUUAAAAAUAAAGAACGAAAGAAUAAUAAUUUUACUUGAUGUCAUUAUAUGAAGUAAUAGAACAUAUUAAAUAGUCUUCUAUUCGUAUGCAGAACGAAAAAACAAUAUUCGCCAUAGAAUGCUAUGAUUUAAAACGAAAAUAAAGAUGGUGUUAGUAACAUAUUCUAUGAUUAACUGAUUUCCAUUUGUUUUUCUUCAUUAAUCGUUAAAUUCAUUAUGGAUUUAUUAUUCAGAGAAAUACGUGACUGUAACCUUGGUGAAAUUCGUCACGAAUUUGACUAUAUGUUUCUCUUCAUACAUACGUUGAUCGCGUAUGAAUUUAAGGUUUCGGUAAUAAUAGUACUUCUUUUUUUGAAACUGUACGUAAAUUAUUUUUUAAUUUCUUAUAUUUCAAAGAUGCCGUUAGAUAUUAUUCAAUCAGCUCAAGUUUCUAAACACCAAUAUCGUGUUGACUACGAUACUAAAAACUGUAUAAUUGAAUUAAUUGUUAUCAAAGAGGGAAACAAGAUUAAAAUCAAAAUAUAUGUGAGCAAAUCUUUCUGACGUCUGAGUGAUAUUUUUAUUUCAACUUUUAGAAUCAUAAUAAAAACUUACCUAAAGAGUUGAUACUACACAUCAACUCGUUUGUAAGAACAGUUGAGUCAAACACUUAUCAGUAAAAUACUUUUUAAUAAUAUUUUUUUUUCUAUUUUUUGUUUGUAGGUUAAACAAUUUAUCAGAACUAAGCGAUAAAAUACUUGAAUUGAUCAAUGAAGAAAAUGAAAAUGCAUGAAGUUUAACAAUAUGAAUAGGUGCACUCAAUUCCAGAGUGUACGCUAUAGUCUAUGCUAUAUAUUAUUUAUUUUCAUUGUAUUGUUAAAAACUUGUCAUUGUUCUCAUGUUGUCUGAUUGUAAGUUUCUUCUUGAUAAUAGUGAAAGUUUUUGCCGCAAGUUUGAAUAAAAUAAGCCUUUGAAUUUUAAAAAAAUUCUAGGUUGUGUAUAUCAGUCAUUUACUCUUUUAUUUCUUCAUUUAUCUUUACUGCUCUUCCUAAUGGAUUGAGGGUGUGCGUGUGGGUGGGUGUGAGCGUAUUCGAUUCAUUUCACACCCAUACCCACACCCACACCCUCAAGAUGGCUUGUUUUCCUAUUGAUUUUCAAAAAAAAGAAUGUGCACACAAUCAUAUGAUAUUCCAAAGAUAUCAAUAAAAGAUAAUGAAAUGAAAGAUUUAUUAAAAUAUCUUUAUCAAAAUGAAUAAAUAUUAAAAGAAAAUGGUGCAAUUAAAUUAAUUCCAACAUCAAAUUUUAAAAAUCUAUUAAAAACAACACCAGUAAAUGUUUCAUUACGUUCAACAAUUCACCAAGUUAAACAAGUUGAUAAUGAAAAUUUAAUGUAUUCAAUAAAAACAAAUAAAAUUAAUGAAAAUAAAGAAAAAAAAGAAAAUAAUUUGAUAAAUGAUGAUGAUGAUGAAAUAUUUUGGUUAUUGUUACCAAAUCGAUCUAAUACACAAAAUAUCUUAAGUAUUUCAAUAAUUAAUGAUCAAACAUUAUUUUUAAAACGUGUUUAUCGUCAUCAAUUUGAUUUUCAUCAAUUAUCUUUUAAAUCACUUUUAAAAUUAUCUGGAAAAAAAUUUUGUAAUAAAUGUUCCUCAACAUUAAUUAAAGCACAUGGAUCUGCUGCUAUACUUCCUUUGUCUUCAGAUAAACAAAAUCUUUAUCAAUUAAAUUAUCAUCAUGAAGGUGGUGCUCAUUAUUGGUAUAUAAUUUCAUCUGAAGAAAGAAAAUAA